AUGAUGCUGGCGCCAUCUACUCCACCAGCCGAGCAACAGCUGCAAUUACGCCCGGACGCGGAUGCAAAUCACAUACCCGCAACCCCCGGCAGUACUUUACUGCCCCGGCCAUUCGCAUCAUUGGUCUCGGUCAUUACACAGUCAACGUCGUUGACCCUGCGAGUUGGGACAUUCUUCGGCGGGGUGGCUUUGGAUGGGGCCCGCGCCACAACAUUGACAGGCCUGGAAUUCAGCCGGGCCCUCGUGGAAGGUGUCUUGACUAGAGCUGGAAGAGAUGUUGCCGUUCACACGGGCGACGCGCAAGGUCGGAGAGAAGUGGACUCACUCUUGGAGCGAAGUCUGGCGCUCCUUCAUAAUACGGUGACCACGGCGUCCUUCUUUGCUGCAGCUUCUUUUCAUUUCUCAUCCACAACUCUGGCAUCUGUUGCAAACUUCACCCAAUCUCUUUUGUCUACGCUGGACGCAAUCCUAGGAUCCACUGAAUCCUCAAGAGCCAUUGCCGCUAUCAUUACACUAAUUCGUCGUGAAUUUCGGUCAGUCGAUACCACUGCCGGGACUGAGGAUAUCGGUAUCGGCGAUCUCCUUCUCGGCUUGGUAGGGUUUGCACUCUUGCAGCGAUGGGGAAAGAAAAACACCGAACGAGCGAUUCGUCAGAGCGGUGGGGAUGAAGUCGUCUGGGAUACGGUAAUUCUGGACACUGGUGUCAGGGCCGAUGUUGUAGGAACCCAUGGGUUGAAAUUCAACGAACAGGGCGAGGGCGAAACGACUCGUCAAGGAAGUGCGUCGUUCGUGAUGCCCGAGCGUGAUGAAGGCUUUGACGCCAUACAACGGCAAUCAACCAACCCCGAGAACCCCCUAGACCCUCAUCUGCCUUUACACCCGCAGGAUCAACGGGAAAUUACAGACGAAGAAAUACGGUCAUACAUCACGAGUCAGCUACCAUCGGGUUGUCGUGCUACGAUCAGGUCUGAACUUCUUACGGCACGCACCGUGACUGUGGACAUCUUUGAUGAUGAGGCGUUGGAGAUUGCGGCUCCGCCGGGCACGACGAUCAUCGAGGAAAGGUUUCAUCAUGAUCAGGAUUACAACAGCAGGGCACCAGAAAUUCAGUCAUUGCCCAGGCACACUGUCGUUUUUCGGACUGCUUUCAACAAGUACCAUAGCACCGAGCUACGCCCUUGUACUGACUCGCUUGAGUCAGAUCCAACUGGCCAGUCUGAAAGCGUGCGCAAUCUGAAUGGAAGGCAGGAACCAGAAUCCAAUGAGAAAGGUCAAGAUGACCGGAUAUAUGCUCGUGCCACGCCCCCAUCGCAGAGCACCUUGGUGCAACAAAGCUCCAUCACCCCGAACGAUAGCAAGGACCUGGGUCGGAAUUCGGAGAUUGGAAUGGAGUCAAUUGCCAGAUUGGCGAAGAGAGUCAAGUCAGAAAGCUCCGGGGCCACGAAGCAUCUAAAUCCUCGAAAGCCAGCAAACAGAACUCAGUCAUCUCCGGGCAGGUCAGAUGAUCAGCUUCACGGUGAUCCGCCUCGAGCGCCUAGCACUUCUCAAAUUCCAACGCUGAGCACACCGGGGAAAUUAGAUUUCAAGCAAAGUCACGCUGACUCCCAUAAAUCCCGACCCAAGUUGUCGAUCUCCGGCCAAGAUUUGAGAAGAAAGCCAACUGUGCAGCCCGUCCAAUUACCACAAGUCGGAAAGGUGAGCGACAGACGAACGUUGACUGGCAAUGACCCUGGACCGAAAGGCGCGCGGUCUGGACACUUUGUGAUGCGCGAAAGGAGCCAUGAAGCACGCGCGAGUCAUACAGAUAGUUUUUCGCGCUGCAAAGCUGAUACGCGCCCUGGAUCGCCAGUGAACGCAAGAACUCAUGUCCGGAGCAGUAGCUCAUUAUCGUCAUCUCGAUCAGAGACAGAUGGGAGACUCUCUGCGAAUGAUUAUCGGCCCGGCUCCGCGACAUUUCAUGGACGGGCGCGAUCAUACACGCCUAGCAUGUACUCGAUCGCAACAGCUGGCUCCGACACAUCACUCAUACUGGCUCAUCGGCCUCGCAAAAGUGUUUACGAGGACAUGAGCACACUUCAAGCCUUACACCGAGAUGGGCAUGUUCCAGGAAUCUUUCCUGAGAGGCACUUUGUUCAGAACAUUCGCCGUUUCUGUCGAUUCUCCUCCGCCUCUUACGGGACCAAUGCUCUCAAAGUGAUGGGAGCAUCACAAGGUACAAAGAGCCUACCAGCUACCCUUUCGGAUAGUCAUGAGCAUGACGCAUUUACGGACUAUGCUGGUCUGCCACCGUCAACGAUCUUGUUGUCCUCCUACAUUGAUCCUGCUGGCGGCACGAAUGCUGCCGGUGAGACAGAAAGUGGAUUUCCUCUCGUCCAUUACCUCUCAAUCGACCAUGAUUCUAAAGCCAUAGUUUUGACGCUCCGUGGAACCUGGGGCUUCGAAGAUAUUCUCACGGAUAUGACAUGUGAUUAUGACGAUCUGGAAUGGCAGGGCAAGAGUUGGAAAGUCCACAAAGGGAUGCAUGCCUCAGCCAAGCGGCUGCUUGAGGGCGGAGGAGGUCGCGUAAUGACCACUCUGCGCGCGGCAUUGGAAGAGUUCCGAGACUAUGGCGUGGUCCUCUGCGGUCAUUCUUUAGGUGGAGGGGUGGCAGCUUUGCUAGCGAUUCUGAUCUCAGAACCCAGUGGUUCUCUCACAGGCACGUCUUUUGUAACCGCAGCGUACGAGCCACGUCCUCGGUAUCGUCGAGUGACCGUGGACAGCGAAUCCAGUCAAAGUGUCCCGAUUGCUCCCAUGACAGACAACACACCUAUAUAUGAUCUGCCGCCUGGUCGCCCUAUUCACGUGUACGCCUAUGGUCCACCCGCGGUGAUGUCUCCCUUUCUGCGAAGAGCCACACGCGGGCUCGUCACUACUGUUGUGAAUGAUUCCGACGUUGUUCCCUGUCUCUCUCUCGGGGUUCUUCAUGACAUGCACGCAGUUGCGUCGGUGUUCAAACGUGAUGUCUCCGGUGCCAGGUCACUCGUUCGUCAACGUCUACACGAGAGCCUGCGCCAGAACAUUAUACACAAGUUUUACGUGAACCAGCCCCCAAACGUGCUUCACGCUGGAGACGGCGUCGGUGAAGAUAUGUGGGCGUGGAAGACACUCGGUCAACUGCGGGAUGAGAUGCGUGCUCCCAAACUAGUACCACCUGGCGAGGUGUUCGUCGUCGAGACCAUGCGUGUUCUGCAGAGGGAAGCAUUCACAACGACACCGGACUUGGGCGGCGAGGGUUAUCCGAGACUAGGCAGACCGGCGACCCGUGUGCAAAUGCGCUUUGUUAGAGACGUCGAUACGUUUUUCGGGGAGUUGAGAUUUGCGUCAGGAAUGCUCACUGAUCACAAUCCGGCGCGAUAUGAAACCAGUCUGGCGGCUUUGGCCAGGGGUGUGCUGGACGAGUGA